GUCACAUGUCUGCUGCACCAUAAAACAGCGAGCAGUGCCGAGGUCUCAGAGCACUGUCAGCGUCGCCGUGGAGGAAGGCCAGAGAGAGGCAGCCUGCUGUAGAGGUUAUCGUCCACCUUCCGCUCCAAGAUGACAGAAUACUGGAGUCAUGAGUUUUCACUGGCAGUCUACAUCAUCACCUUUGUGACGGGCCUGCCCGCCAACGUCUUGGCCUUCUACACCUUCACUCUGAAGGUGAAACAGAAGCCCACACCCAUCGACAUCCUCCUCCUUAACCUGACGGUGUCCGACCUCAUCUUCCUCAUCUUCCUGCCAUGCAAAAUGAUAGAGGCGGCAGAUGGCAUGCAUUGGAACAUGCCCUACUUCCUGUGUCCGCUCUCUGGUUUUAUCUUCUACACCACCAUUUAUAAUAGCACCUUCUUCCUCACGGCCAUCAGCGUGGAGCGCUACCUGGGCGUGGCGUUUCCCAUAAAGUACAAGCUGAACCGCCGGCCGCUCUACGCCGUCAUAGCCAGCGUCUUCUUCUGGGUGGUGUCCAUGUCGCACAUCAGCAUCGUCUACAUCAUGCAUUACACCGGCGCAAACAGCUCCAUCCCCAAGAAUGUCUGCUACGAGGACUUCUCGAAGGAGCAGCUCAAGAUCCUCCUGCCCGUGCGUCUGGAGCUCUUCCUGGUUCUCUUCUGCAUCCCCUUCCUCAUCUGCAGCUUCUGCUACAUCAAGUUCAUCUAUAUUCUGUCCAGACUGCCUCACAUCAGCCCGCACAGAAGACAACGCGCCAUUGGGCUUGCGUUGGGAACACUGCUGGUCUUCAUCAUGUGCUUUGGCCCCUAUAACUUGACUCACGUGGUGGGCUUUGUUACCGGGGGGAGUCCCAAGUGGCGCGCACAGGCUGUGCUCUUCAGCACCUUCAACGCCUGCCUGGACCCCAUCAUCUUCUACUGCUCCUCCUCCACAGUCAGGAAGAUGUUGAACCGCAUCCUGAAGGAUCUGGUGGAAAGGCUGCACAUGAGGUGCUGCCAGUGUCCACAGUGGAGCUGCGUUGGGACGGAGGAGAGCACCACCCAGAGCUCCAACGACACCACCUGAACGGCUGGCAGCGUGCUUUGGGGUCCCAUCCACAUGGACUGGUUCUCUAGGCUGGCCCCUACGUUUCACGUCAUGGACUUUUUAAUGCUAAACACCAGUAGUGAUGUGCAGAAAAACAUGCGGCGCCAUUCACCUUGUCACACCUAGUUGCUGUUGAUCAUUUCUGGCUUCAUUAGUUCGUUGAUUAGUUCAUUCAUUGUUUUGCUUUAUUUGGUCGGUUUAUCCUGGACAGUGCUUUGCAUGUUACUUUAUAUGCACGUCAUAUAUGUAUAUAUUUACAUGAAGUUUCAAAUAUGUUUAUAUAUUAUAAACAUAUAAUAUAUAUUAUGUUUAUAUGUGGAGUGGCAUUUUUGUCUAUUUAUGUCGAUAGAAUAUUGUCUUUUGUCUGGCAUUAGUAAGAUAUAGUAAAGAACAAGACUUUUAAUAUGUCUAUUUGUUAUAUAACCUUCUGCUAUAAGAAUGUACACAGGGAUAUGUCACUUUGUCCUUUGUGAUAGCAAUGGAGAUUUUUUUAAAAACUUUUCACAUGUGUUUUAGAGUAUGUAUGUAGAUGAGAAAAGCCAUCUCCCAUGGCCUCAGCUCAGAAAAUUCACGGAAAUAUAUCUGAAGGAAUCAUGCCGGUGAAUGAUUCACUAAGUUAACAGAGAAUUUUGGCAAAUAAAACUGGUAAUAAUUGAAAUGGUAUCAUGUGGGAGUGAAGGAAGCUUUUGAGUAGCUGGUGUUUGUUUCAGGCAUGUGGCUCAUGUCGUAAUGCGCUGGUGUAACACUUUCGUAACGUGCAUCAGCCCGGUGGCUGAGAAGAUCAGAAGGCCCAUUAUUCCAGAGCGAGUCUGAUGGAGGCUUUCUGAAUUAUACAUAAUGCUGAUCAAGUGCUGUAAAUCUCGGGAAAUGGGAAUAAAAUGUGGGACAGUCAUCCUCAGUAUAAUAAAAAGAUGAUGCCUGAAA